CCGCUGUGAUUGGCACCCCGAGGAGGAGGAGGAGGAGGAGGAGGAGGAGGAAGGCGCGGAGCAGCCGCGGGGCCCGCCAUCCCGCGGCGGCGGAGCGGCGGCGCCCGGGAGGAUGCCGGGGAAGCGGGGCUCGGCGGGCGGCGGCGGCACCGAGCUCCCGGGGGCCGGCGCGCCGCGGCAGCGCAGGCGGCGGAGGAAGGUCUCCUGCUUCUCUAGCAUCCAGCUCUUCCUGGUGUCCGAGUGCGCACUGAUGCUGGCCCAGGGCACGGUGGGAGCCUACCUGGUGAGUGUUUUAACCACCUUGGAGCGGCGAUUCAACCUUCAGAGUGCUGACGUGGGCGUCAUUGCCAGCAGCUUCGAGAUUGGCAACCUGGCCCUCAUCCUCUUCGUGAGCUACUUUGGAGCCCGAGGACACCGGCCACGCUUAAUAGGAUGUGGAGGGAUAGUCAUGGCCUUGGGCGCCCUCCUUUCUGCGUUGCCUGAAUUUCUGACCCACCAGUAUGAAUAUGAGUCAGGAGAAAUACGCUGGGGGGCUGAAGGGAGGGAUGUGUGUGCUGUCAACGGGUCCUCCAGCGAUGAGGGACCAGACCCGGACCUUAUCUGCAGGAAUAGAACUGCUACCAACAUGAUGUACUUGCUGCUCAUUGGAGCACAGGUCCUCCUGGGCAUUGGUGCUACCCCUGUCCAGCCCCUGGGAGUUUCCUACAUCGACGACCACGUGAGGCGGAAAGAUUCCUCCCUGUACAUAGGGAUCCUGUUUACGAUGCUGGUAUUUGGACCAGCCUGUGGAUUUAUCUUGGGCUCCUUCUGUACCAAAAUCUAUGUGGAUGCUGUCUUCAUUGACACAAGUAAGCUGGACAUAACCCCGGACGACCCUCGGUGGAUCGGUGCGUGGUGGGGAGGCUUCCUGCUGUGUGGUGCCUUACUCUUCUUCUCGUCCCUGCCGAUGUUCGGGUUCCCGCAGUCGCUGCCCCCACGGCCGGAGCACGCCGGGGAGAGCGAGCAGGCCAUGCUUCCCGAGCGGGAAUACGAGAGGCCCAAGCCGAGCAACGGGGUCCUGCGGCACCCGCUGGAUGGGGAGAGCAGCACGACCUGCUUCCAGCAGCUGCGAGUGAUCCCCAAAGUAACUAAGCACUUGCUCUCCAAUCCCGUCUUCACCUGUAUCAUCCUGGCAGCCUGCAUGGAGAUCGCGGUGGUGGCUGGAUUCGCCGCCUUCCUUGGAAAGUACUUGGAGCAGCAGUUCAACCUCACCACCUCAUCUGCCAACCAGCUCCUGGGGAUGACAGCAAUCCCAUGUGCGUGUCUGGGCAUAUUCCUGGGUGGCCUCUUGGUGAAGAAGCUCAGCCUGUCUGCUCUGGGAGCCAUCAGGAUGGCCAUGCUGGUGAACCUGGUGUCCACAGCUUGCUACGUGUCUUUCCUGUUCCUGGGAUGUGACACAGGGCCUGUGGCAGGGGUUACUGUUCCCUAUGGAAACAACUCAACUCCAACCUCAUCUCUGGACCCAUAUUCCCCCUGCAAUAACAACUGUGAAUGCCAAACUGAUUCCUUCACUCCAGUCUGUGGGGCAGAUGGGGUCACAUACUUAUCUGCCUGCUUUGCUGGCUGCAGCAGCACGAACCUCAGUGGCUGUUCGUGCCUCACCUCGGUCCCUGCCGAAAAUGCCACCGUGGUUCCUGGCAAAUGCCCCAGCCCCGGCUGCGAAGAGGCCUUCCUGACAUUCCUCUGCGUGAUGUGUGUUUGCAGUAUGAUCGGGGCCAUGGCCCAGACGCCGUCAGUCAUCAUCCUCAUCAGAACCGUGAGCCCCGAACUCAAAUCUUACGCUCUGGGGGUGCUUUUCCUACUGCUCCGGUUGCUGGGUUUUAUCCCACCUCCGCUGAUCUUUGGGGCUGGAAUUGACUCCACGUGUCUGUUCUGGAGCACGUUCUGCGGCGAGCAAGGAGCCUGCGCCCUGUACGACAACGUGGUCUAUAGAUACCUGUAUGUUAGCAUUGCUAUAGCCCUGAAGUCUUUUGCAUUCAUCUUAUACACAACCACCUGGCAGUGCUUGAGGAAAAACUAUAAAAGAUACAUCAAGAACCACGAAGGUGGUCUCAGCACUAGUGAGUUUUUUGCCUCUACUCUCACCCUAGACAAUCUGGGGCGGGACUCGGUGCCCCAAAGUCAACCACAUAGGACAAAAUUUAUCUAUAACCUUGAAGAUCAUGAGUGGUGUGAAAACAUGGAGUCUGUUUUAUAGUGACUGUGGAGGGGUGAACUAUAUUAAUAAUACAAGGGUCCUUUUUAAUAAAAACAAGGAGAGAGCACGAAUGAAGAUACACAACUGCAGAACAACAACGGCAACACAGGAAACUUUUGUCUUUUUCUCAAAGUCAGACCCAGCCAUGAUUCUUGAGAACAGCAUCUUCUAAUGGGAUCACUUGUGACAUCCUGCAGGGUGAUGGAGAAAGCAGGGAGCCAUUUGUGGCUGGGUACCAGCCCCCUUGAUGACAGUACGAGCUCCCAAGGAGGGCAUCUGCAGAAGUUCACUGGAGAGCUCAGCACACGGACAGGCUUGGGCACGAGGCAUAGAGAAAGCGAGGUGAUAAUGGCAAUAGGUGUUUGCGUUUGAAAACGGGGUCCUGGGGUAGUGUGGAGCACCCACAGCAUGGGCUGGAGGGUUGGCCAGUCUGGGUGCUGCUGCUCAAACCUGCUGUGCUCUGCAGUGGCAAAGAGGGAGCGAUGCUGGAGUCGUUCCACCAGUCACACUCUGUCACCAGCCACGAGUCCACGAUAAAUACCUUGAAAGCUGCUGGAAACCUUCCCGGUGGCGAGCAAUGCUGUCAGGGGUAUCCAAGUCCUUCCAGCCCAGGCUUAUUCGCAGAUUGCAGCUCUGUGGCUGUCUGUGAAUAGCUGCGCUCAGAUCUCAAACCCAGUAGAGUUCAAGACAUUUGCUCACACUUGCCAAAUGUGCUGUCAUUUUUAAAGGGGGACGAGUUCCAAAUACUUAUCUGUGUAGUCCCCUAAUAAGAUGUUUUUUAAAAUUAUUUUCAGAUCUAUGUUAACCCUUAAAUCACUGACACUUUUCCAUAAGGAGGAUUUAUUUAUGCUAGUUUGGGGAAGGAUCCUGUUUAAUUCACCCAAACGUAAUGUGACUCAAGGGGUUUGUUUAAUCCUCUGCGUUUUUUAUCCAUACGCCUUCAUUCUAAUAUGCUACCAAGCCAAUGAAGACACAUAAUAUGUUUUUAAAUAAGAGAACGAAUGCACUGUGUCUCUAUAAAAACAAUUGUCAGUUGGAAAAUUAUAGCUAAUAUGAUGAUUUACAUAAUAUAGUUUUUUUCAUAUUCUAUGUGACUCAGUGAAUACAUAUAUAUGUGGAGAGGCUGUUUAUGUUCUCUCCGGUUUUUAAAGAUAUAUAUAUAUAUAAUUUGCAAUCUA